GGGUGCGCUGGAGGACCUCGCUCGGCUCUCUCGGGGUGCGGCUGGGUGCGCUGGAGGACCGGGUUUUGGCGCGCUGGAGGACCGGGGCUGCGGCGGCGGAGGAUGGGGAUUCAGGGUUUGGCCAAACUCAUCGGCGAUGUGGCGCCCGGAGCCGUGAGGGAGCAGCAGAUGAAGAGCUACUUCGGCCGUAAGAUCGCCAUUGACGCCUCGAUGAGCAUCUACCAGUUCCUGAUCGCAGUGAGGCAGGACGGCAACGUGCUUCAGAACGAGGACGGAGAGACCACCAGCCACCUGAUGGGGAUGUUCUACCGCACCAUCCGCAUGAUCGAGAGCGGCAUCAAGCCGGUGUACGUGUUCGACGGGAAGCCCCCCCAGCUGAAGGCCGGAGAGCUGACCAAGCGGAGCGAGCGGAGGGCGGAGGCGGAGAAGCAGCUGGCCGACGCGCAGGAGACGGGUGACACCGAGAACAUCGAGAGGUUCAACAAGCGGCUGGUGAAGGUCACCAAGCAGCACAACGACGAAUGCAAACAGCUGCUCCGGCUAAUGGGGGUCCCGUACAUCGAGGCGCCCUGUGAGGCGGAGGCCAGCUGUGCCGCACUGGUCAAGGCCGGCAAGGUUUACGCUGCGGCCACAGAGGACAUGGACGCCCUCACCUUCGGGAGCUCCGUCCUGCUGCGCCACAUGACGGCCAGUGAAGCCAAGAAGCUGCCCAUCCAGGAGUUCCACUUGAACAAGGUGCUGCAGGAGGCUGGGCUGACGCAGGAGCAGUUCGUCGACCUCUGCAUCCUCCUGGGCAGCGAUUACUGUGAGAGCAUCCGUGGGAUCGGACCCAAGAGGGCCAUCGACCUGAUCAGGCAGCACAAGAGCAUCGAGGACAUCAUCAAGAACAUUGACACCAGCAAAUACACGGUGCCCGAGGACUGGAUGUACAGGGAGGCUCGGCAGCUGUUCCUGCAGCCCGAGGUGGUGCAGCCGGAGUCUGUGGAGCUGCGAUGGACAGAGCCUGACGAGGAGCAGCUCGUGGCCUUCAUGUGUGGGGAGAAACAGUUCAGUGAGGACCGGAUCCGGAACGGGGCCAAGAAGCUGCAGAAGAGCCGGCAGGGGAGCACGCAGGGACGGCUGGAUGACUUCUUCAAGGUCACCGGGACCCUCACCUCCGGAAAACGCAAGGGACCGGAACCCAAAGGAUCCGCCAAGAAGAAAUCGAAAUCGGCCUCGGGGUGGAAGAGGGGCAAGUGAGCUCGGCCCCCCGGGGGAGGAGCUGCCCGGGGGGGGGGGGUUCCGGCCCCGGGGGGAGGGCAGCUGUCUGUGGAGCCUUCACCAGGACCACUGCCGGAUUUUUGGGGAGAGUCUCCUCCCCCACCCAGUGUCGAGCUGUGGACUGUGAUUCCAGACGGUUCCUGCUGCUUGUGUGUCUCCCACCCCCCCCCCCACUCCCUUCCACCGCAUCCCUCCCUUCCAAACCCCCCCCCCACCCCCCACCCGACACAAGCCGGGGGUGGGGGGGGGCCCCAUCGGUGUCAGCAGUGACCAGACUGUUCAGAAACGGACAGUUAAACUCUUGGUUCUUUUUUUUAAUGUUCUUUUGUGCUUCAAAUAAAAUCUCCUCCAAGGA